AUGCCGCUUUACAUAGCAGAGGUGUCAGAAGACGAAGAGUGCAGCAUGAAUUUGAAAAACCUCCGGCCUUACAAAGACAACAGCGAGGAGAAUUUUAAGCUCUUGCAAAAGAUCAAAAAACUGCAAAUGGAGAAGGAAAAUCUCCGACUUGAGGUUGAAAAAGAAAAGUCAAAGAACAGAUCUCUCAGGGAAGAAAAUAUGGCUCAGCAAGGAGAGAUUACCGAACUGAUGGAAAAUUUAUCAGACUCGCAGCGAAAAACUCGAAAAUUGGAGAGGAAAAUUAUGUCCAUGUCUGUUCCUUUUGAAGAGCUAGAAUACUCGGUCAGAGUUCCAAGGAAAUCGUCGAUUACAUACCUCCCUGUUUACAAGUAUUAUUGA